UACAUUGAGCAAAUUGGGGAUUUUGAAGCAUUACAGUCAGAGGGGAAAAGAAACAAAAUAAAGAAAGUGAAAGGGAAGAACCUAACUUAUUAAUAACAACUAAAAGAGUGAAAAAAAAAUAAAAAAGGUUAUUGGUUUUUUUUUUGGUUUUGGGGAGAGUUUUAAAGAGGAAUGGAAUCUAUGCCUGAGAAAAAGAAAGAAAGUGUUAGCGCCGAGGAGUGUGUUUUUUCUGAGAGAGAGGCCAGACAGUGAGGGACAGCUCAGGACAGGACGGAAUGGGUGAGAUUCAAUUAACACCCAUUUAUUGAUUUAUUUACGAUUAUAUUCCUCUCAUUCAGGCAGAGGCCCAUACUUUGAUAUUUAUUUUGUGGAUUUUUAAUGGGCUUGGUCCUUCCUAAUUUCCAAGCCCAACCCUCUUCUAUCAAUAUUUUAAAUAUAGCAAUUUGUACGGUCCUUGUGGGCCCGGCUUCUCAAGGUAAGUCAAUAUCAACCUUACAACGCAGUGAUUAUAUCGAGAAGAAUUGUUUUUUUAACUAUUCUUUUUUUAUUCCUUAUUAUUUAAAAUAGUAGAUUUAAGUAGGAAGCGAACUCCAACUUUGACAAUGGCAUUAUCUGUAAUAAUGUCAUAAGGACAGCUUUUGAUGUUUGAACAGCCCACCUAUGCCUUGACGUAAUUUAUCUUUUGGAUGCAAAUGCAGGGUUUUUUUUUUUUUUUUUGUAAUACAUUGCUAGUGAAAAAGUUCAAAGUUCAAACCUUGGCCAAGCCUUGGGUACUGAUUUUCAAUGGAGAAGAGCAAAGUUCUGCACAUAGUGAUGUUCCCAUGGCUUGCAAUGGGACACUUCAUUCCCUUCUUUCGUCUUUCCAAGCUCCUAGCCCAAAGGGGUCACAGAAUCUCCUUUGUAUCAACCCCAAGAAACCUCUCUAAACUUCCCAGAAUACCAUCCAACCUCUCAUCUCAGAUUACCCUCGUAGCCUUCCCUUUGCCUGAAGUACCCAACUUACCAUCCCUAGCUGAAUCCUCCAUGGACAUUACUUAUAACCAGCAGCAACCACUCAAGCACGCCUUUGAUCUGCUACAACCGCUUCUAACUUCUUUCCUCAAAUCCUCAAAACCUGAUUGGAUCAUUUAUGACUACGCUUCUCAUUGGCUUCCGUCAGUAGCAGCGCAGCUAGGUGUCUCACGCGCCUUCUUUGCUGUCUUCACAGCUGCAUGUUUAUCCUUCAUCGGUCCACCUUCAGCGUUGAUCAACGGUGGAGAUGGUGCAAGGUCAACGGCUGAGGGCUUCACAAAAGUCCCCAAGUGGGUCCCUUUUGAAUCCAACCUGGCGUACCGUUUGCAUGAAAUUACCAAAUACAUCGAGAGAACGGAUGAGGAUACAUUUGGACCACCUGACACGGUCCGGUUCGUUACGAUUCAAGAGAGUGAUGUUGUUGUUAUCAGAAGUUCUGAUGAGUUUGAACCGGACUGGUUCAAUCUUUUACGUCAGCUUUUUGAAAAACCGGUACCGGUUGGUUUUUUGCCGCCAAUACUGGAAGAAGAUGAGAUUCAGAAUGAUGAAAAAUGGUCUGUUAAAGAAUGGUUGGAUAAACAGAGAGUACACUCAGUAGUUUAUGUUGGGCUGGGGACUGAGGUUCAUUUGAGUAAAGAAGAACUCAGUGAGUUGGAUGGGUUGGAGAAGUCUGGUUUACCUUUCUUCUGGGUGUUAAAGAAGUCGCCCGGGUCAUCUCAGUCAGAGUUGGAGAUGUUACCAGAUGGGUUUGAGGAGCGAGUCAAGGGACGUGGGCUUGUUCACUUGGGGUGGGUUCCACAAGUGAAGAUAAUGAGUCACGAGUCCAUCGGGGGAUUCUUAACUCACUGUGGUUGGAACUCGGUUAUAGAGGCGCUAGGGUUGGGGCGGGUUUUAAUAAUGUUUCCGGUGUUGAAUGACCAAGGGCUAAAUGCCAGGCUAUUGCACGAGAGAAAAGUUGGCGUGGAGAUACCAAGGAAUGAGAUAGAUGGUUCGUUUACAAGUGAUGCGGUGGCGGAGUCAGUGAGGAUGGCGGUGGUGGAGGAAUCGGGCCAGUCGUUGAGAGAAACAGCUAAGGCAAUAAAAAGUUACUUCAGUGACAGGGGCAGGAACGACGGUUACGUUGAUAAAUUUGUUCGUCAACUAGAGGAGAACAGGAAGUGAGCAGGUUCAAAGUUUUUUUGAAUAAAAUCGUAUAG